GAAAGUUGAAUUACGAGGUCAUCAUGUGAUAGUCGAUCCACCAACCCCACCAGGCUUUGAAACUUCAGUUCAAAUCACCGCUUCAGGCUCAAGAAGUAGUUUGAAAAAUAAAAAGGAUACGCAAAUUAGUCAAACAGAUAAAGAUCAAGAACAACUUAAGAGAAAACUCGGGAAUCAGCUAUCGCACCUGGAAAAAAAUAUACCUAUGAGCGUAAUCAUGUUAUGGCUGAGCGGAAACAGUGUACAAAUAUUCAGUGUUAUGAUCACAGGAAUGCUUUUUUUCCAACCAAUAAAGGCCAUGAUGAGCAUAGAAAGUGUAUUUGAAAGAUACGAAUCAAUAAAAUCCGGAUCUUUAAUAUGGCAAAAACUUGUAUAUGUUCUUUUGCAACUUUUUACAAUGGGUCUCGGAUUAUAUAAGUGUUUUUCUAUGGGACUUUUGCCAACUGCAACUUCUGAUUGGUUGGCAUUCAUGGAACCUAAACAG